AUGAAGAAAUAUAUUAUUUCCCAAGUGGUUUCUGAUGAAACAUUCAGAGGUCUAUGCCCGAUAGUCUCACUCGAUGAUACGGUUGGUGCCAAUGUGUCGGCAGCAGAGGACCCUUUGACAUCGGUAGUUCCAACAGUAAAAAAAGAAUGUGACCAGCUUGCCAAGGUAGCCAAAAAAGCCCUUGUCAGAUUCCCCGUUCUUGCAUAUGUAAUCUUUGACUUUUUUGAAAAGCAAACUGAAAUUGCCCAAAAAUACAACAUCAAGGGGUCUACCGUCAGCCGCCACUUUAGAAGAAUCAUUGAAAAGAGACUGUACGCCCGCCUUACCACCGAUCCCAUUGUCUUGCAGUUCUUUGACGAUAUCCGAGGGGAAAUGCUAGGAUCCAAGACCAAGGUCAAGGUGUUUUGGCCAUAUCGUCGUGGAAAGAAGUUCCUUCUCGACAAGUGGUCAAUGACACCACAUGACCCAACCAAGAAAACUGAUGACACUCUGUUCAGGGAAGAACAACAUAUCACCUUGGCGGAAAUGGAUAAGGAUCUUAAGGCUAAUCCUCCAUCAACCAACGACGACGACGGCGUUUGCACUGAUCUAAUGGCCAUCGAUUCCUCCUCUCCAACUGUUGCUGCUGCUGCUUUUUCUCGUGUUCCUCUCAAGCUUACCAUCAAGAUACCAAAGACCAAGACACAGACCAAUCGAGCACCAAAAGUAAAAGCACCUCGACCUCCAAGAUCAUCUUCACCAAGAGCUUCAAGAUCUAAAAAAUCUUGUUAA